CUUUAUUACUUUGUUGUGAUGCGAGUUGUGUCGCUUUGAGUCGUAAAUUAUUCCUGCAUCACUGGUCUUUUCGACCGUGUUCUCUCUCGCGCGAUUUCGCUUCCUCCCCUUCGACGACUCCUCUAUCGCAUCGCCUAUCUGGAAAUCAAGAAAUUGCAUGCCGGCCUGAAACCGCCGCUAGAAAAUUCGCGAGCUUAACGGGUGAGCCUACCAGGAGACUGCAACUCGAAAGAAAGUCAUGGUCGAUCUGGCUCCUGUUCUUGUUAUUGUCUAGCACUGUCUGCCAAACUCCGUUUGCUUUUUAUUAUCUUUUUAUGACCUUUAUCAAUUGCCUGAAGGUUUCAAUAACUUUCGUGACAGCAAGAUUCUUUCAAGAUGGAGCUACUUGAAGAUCUUUGAAAAAAAUUUUUUUAUUUAUCAUUCCUUUUGUGAAGCUUUGAAUUUUACAGUAAACUAGGGUGAUAUGAGCACUCUGUCAUGCUUAUACUUAGCGAUUUAAAGUGUUGAUAGAGAUUUAAAUUUGCACCCUGUUCGACUGCUUCUGCAAUCUGGGGCAUUCUUGCCUCUACUAAAGUUGUUCGCGAGAACGUCUAUUUACAUAGUGUGAUCGCCCAAGUACCGGAAUACAUUAUAUGCAAGACUGGUCGAUGGCUCAUUCAUAACUGUGCCCGUUGCUUUGCAGCAGCAUCACGGCGUUGACCACCCAGUCGUGGCUGUAUACCAUCCUUCAACCUGGCGCACACUAUCACUAAUUUCCUAACUCCACCUCCACCAUGAGCGACGAGCAAGUCACCCCCGGACCCUCUCGCGCAGACAAGUCCUCAGAGGCUACUUACAGGAGCGAGAAAUCCGAGGCAAAGAGUAGAACCUCCUUCGGGGACAACGUGUUAUCGUACUCUCGCGUCCAGAGGACUUCAAGGCGACUUGACGAUCGGGGGGAUCUUACGCUGAAACGAUACGAUGUGGCUAAAGACACGAUCAUCGACUUGGAGACCGCGUAUAAGAGAUUCCAGCUACAGAUCGAAGCUGACCGCGAAAGACACCAGUACGAGGUCAGUAAGUUGAACCAGCGCAUCGACCAACUGACGCGUGAGAACCAGAGACUGGACGAGCAAGUCUUCAACAUCCGCUCAGAAUGCAAGCGCCACCAGGAGGACCUGUCAGCGGCGAAUCGCAAAACCCGCGAACGGGAACGCGAGAUAGAGAGCCUGAGGCGAGAGCUGAGCUCCAAAGGGCGCUCACUCGAGAAAAUACGCAUCGAAAAAGAGACCAUCGAGCGGGAGCUGGCGACGUUGCGCACUGAGAUGUCCAUGACUGUCACGCAAUCUCAGGACGUGCAGUCGUCAGGUGUUGACGAGACGGAGUUCUUCAUGAUGCGUGACGAGCUGACCCAGAUGGACGCCAAUCACCAGUUGGUGGUGGACGAGCGUGACAACCUGCUUAACGAGAACGCCGAGUUGCAAGCCAAGAUCAGCCGCCUUGAAGACGACGUCAGCCGUUAUCGCCGAAAUGCGAACAACGCCACCAAGAACGAGAAACAAGUUGUCACCAAAUACGAAGUUCAAUUCCAGAGCACUGUCAAGCAAAGAGACACUCUUCGUGACCAGGUUGACGAUUUGCGCAAGGAACUUCAGCGCUGCCGUGAGAUAAUCAGCAAACUCCAGAAUGAGGUCCGAGAAAACCAGCGCGUCGCAAACAAAGCCAAGGAAGAGUGCGCCCUUAAAGACCACAAGAUCGACCAACUGCGCGGCCAGAACGACGACCUAGAAGAACAAAUAGAGAGCUUGAAAUCCGAAUUGAAUAGAUCUGAAACUGCUUUGCAGGUCCAGAAACGCCAGUACAAGACUCUAGAGGAUGUGAUUUCUAAGCAUGAAAUAAAGAUCUCUCAGCUGGAAAAUAAUGCGAAAAGCUUUCAGGAGGAGCGCGAUAGAAUUGAACGUGAUAUGAUUCUGAUGCAAGGAAAGUUGAAGGAUAAUGAAUCGGACCAGCUUAAGUGGAAGGAUAGAGUCCACGAGUGGGAAUCUGUAGAAGUUAUGUUGAAGAAACAGGUCGAUGAUCUGACCAAUGAGCUAGAGGUUACCAAGACCAAGGUUUCGGAUCGGGUAGACGGGGCGAUGGUCAGCCGAGUACAGGAACUUGAGAGCCAAUUGGACGACACCAGUAACUCUGUCAAUAACCUCAAAUCAGAUUACGACAUGGUACUUAGGGACAGAGAUGAUCUGAGGAAGGAGAUCGAGGUGAUCUCAACAAAGUUGACAACUACGAACGAGAAGUUGAAUAUCAGGGAGAAUGAAAGGGCCGAUUUGGAAAGGAAGGUGAUGGAAUCGGACAAUAAGCUAGCGAAACUCCAAUCUCAGCUUGACGCGGCAUUAACUGCGAGGGAUAGACUCAAGUCCGACUUACAAGUCGAGAAAAUGAAGGCAGGCGAGUUAAAGAAUAAUUUAAUCAAAACUGAAGCAGAGGUGGCGGAGCUUCAACGCGCCGCUGAUCGUCACAAAGCGGAUAUUGAUAGACGCGAAAAGACCAUAAGCGAUUUACGCUCUGCGAAUGAUCAGCUUGAAGAAAGGAUGGACGGAUAUCGAGCGGAAAAUGACGCACUUGAAAAACGCAACGCUGGACUUGAGCACGAGAAAAACGACCUCCAUGAUCAGCUGCUAGAUUUACAGAAACAAGUGAAGGAGGUGCAAACGAACUAUAACAUCACGUCUGAAGAGAGAGACCGUAUUAACGAGGAUCUCCAGUCUUACUACAAGCAGCUGAGUGAUCUGCAGUCAAAAUAUAACGUCUGCGAGGAGCAGAGAAAUGAUUUCCAGAAGCAAGCUAGUGGACUCAAGCAGCAGUCCAAUCGGUUCCGUGAUGAACGAGACAAAGCGCAGAGAGACAACUCUGUGCUUGAAUCCGAAGUCAAGGAAUUGACAGCGCACGAAAAUUUGCUUGUCGACGAGAUUGAGAACCUGAAGCGAGAACUCGGAGAGGUGAAGCGAACUGCUGAGAACUUAAGGAAAGACCUGGAAGGGAGAGAUGAAGUGAUAAAGCAACUAAGACCAAAAGUCAAGGAGCUUCUUGAAGAGAACGAUAGCCUUAAAAUUGAACUUGAAAGCUUGAAGCGAAGCUACGAGGAUCUGGAGGAGCAGUAUCGAGUAAUGGAAGACAAGUACCUGAGUGCGCAAAAGGAGCUGAAGGUGUUAAACGAAGAAGGCGACAACAAGGCUUUUGAGCAGCUUCAGACGGAGGCGAGUGUGAUCCAAAUGAAAGUGGACGAAGUGGAGUCUUCCUACAUGGAUGCCGUGGAUAGGGAGAAAGAUCUGGCGGGGCAGCUCGAGGAUGAGCGAGAAAAGAAUCAGUUUCUCCAGAUGGACAACGAGGAGCUGAAGAAAACCAUCAAAACUCUUACUAAUAAAGUGAGCGAGAAACAACGGGAGGUUGAUCGGCUUGAGAACGACAUGGAUGUCGCAGAGGAGAAAAUCAUUUCGCUUAAUCUCGAGGUGGAAAAGGUUUCAGAAGAGAAGUCGAGUGACUACCAAAGAAUGGUGGCCGCAGAAAGCCGAGUAGCAGAAUUAGAAAAGGACCUCGAGGGUGCAAAACACGACAAGGAGGAAGCGGAAAAAGAUGCGUACAGCUUGCAAACGAAGGUCUCGAAACUUGAGACACAACUCGAGACAAGUCGGCGGCAAGUUACGCAAUUAAGAGAACAAUUAGACGCUAUAAAUAGUCAGUUGCUGGAAUACAAGGAACGGUUAGUGCAGACAGAAGGGAAGUCGUCCCAAAACGAGAAGUUCAGUGAGACAUUAAAUAGUGUCAUUAGUAGGAAAGAUAAAGCGAUUGAUGAGUUGAAUGCGAAGAUAAGGCAUCUACAAGGAGAUUAUGAUAAAACUAGGCGACAGCUGAAUAAGAUAUUGGUGGAGAAUGAGAACCUCAAAGGCAGUAAAGAGGACUUGGAGAGGCGCGUUGUUGUGGCAGAGAACAGACUACGGGAUACCGAUAGUGAGAUGAAGGGAUGGAGGGAUAUUCGAAGUAGUCUUGAAAGAGAUCUUCAAAGUAGGGAUCAUUCCAUUGAUGAUCUUGAGUCUGCAGUUGUCUCCCUGAAGAAGGAAAGGGAUCAAAAGUCUGGUGAUCUCGCGACCGUGAAAGAUGAGCACAGAAAGGCGAAAGAGAGCCUUGUGACUGCGCAGAAUCAACUACGAGAGCGUGACCGAACAAUAAACAGCUUGAAAAAGGAAGUCAAAGACAAGCAAAGCAUCAUUGAUGGUCUGAUGGGAUCCACAAAUUCUUACGCCAACGAGAUGACUACACUCAAGAAGGAGGUGGAGGUAACGCGAUACAGUAACCAGGAAAAGGUCAGGGAUCUCCAAGACCAGUUGAAUCAAGCUAACAUCAAGGUUUCAAGGCUCGAGAAUGUUCUAGGCAAUCUUCAAAAGGAGAAAGAUAUAUUGUCUAACGAACGCAACGGUUAUCAGAACAAGGCUUACGAGUUUGAGAACCUCUAUAAUGGAUUACAAGAUCGAGAGGAUGACUUGAAAAAUGAAAUACAAUCUCAAGCAAAUAAACUCGAACGACUAGAGGCGGAUUUCAAGAAGUCACAGAAGCGCAUUCUCGAAUUGCAAUACCAUCAGGGCCAACUAGAGAGAAAGAUUACUGACCUGGAGACGGCAAAUGAGCGGCUAAAGAAUGACAAGAAAGAUCUUAAGGCCGAUUUAAUCGCUGCAAAUGCGACUAUCACCGACUUGGAGUUGAAGACCGAGUUCUCAGAUAAGGAAAUUGUGUCUUUGAAAAAGCAGCUAGACGAUGCGAUGAGCCGUGGUUCGAUGGGUAAAGAUGGCUACCGCAAGCUUCAACAACAACUUGUGGAGAUGAGAGUGUUGGUGGAGACCUCCCAAGCGAAGCUAAACGAGAAGGAUAACCAGAUCCAGCAGCUCCUAACCUCCAAGGAUUUCCUUGAAGACGAGAUCGACAAUUUGAAGGCUGCCAUUGACAAGACGGAGAAAGAAAAAGAAGACUUGAAGGCAGAUAUUGAUGAGUUAAAAGCUGAGAACAUUAAACUCAAUAAGUUGAUAAAUGAUAUGGAAGCGGGAAUAAAACGUACUCAGACUGAAAGCGACAGGAUCGCUUUUGAGAAUGAAUCAAACGUGAAGAAAAUAAAAUCGCUUGAGAACCAAAUCACUGCCUUAAAGAAGAACGAACAGAGUAACAAGGAGAAGAUUAACGAGCUCAGAAACAUGCUAAAUACGCAUCGAGACGACAGGAUGGUAGCCGAUAAGACUGCCAAUGAACUGAAGAGUAAGGUGGAGUUCUACAUAAAAGAUAUCGAAGCCAAAGAUCGUACAAUUGAUGAUCUUAGGAACGAGAGGGACGGGCUUGUCAAGGAAAACGGCGACUUGAAGAGAGAACUCGCUCGCAUCGAGAACGAACACAAUAAGGUAGUGAGAGAGAAAGUCGAUAUCGAGAAGUGCUACAAGACGAUCGAGGAGCAAACAAGAUCGAUGGCAGAUGAUUAUGACUCAAACAAAGGCGGAGCAUCCAAUCUAAGCGACGAAGUCGUUAUUCUAAGAAAAAGAGUUGAAGAUUUUGAGAGAGCUGAUAAGGAAAAUAAAGACAAGGAUAGAGAGUUCAGGGACCGUGCACAGGCUUAUGAGAGCAAGAUCGCGAAACUGGAAUCAACGAAUGACAUACAAAGUGAGAAGAUCCUUGAGCUGGAGAACGACCUACAGGCCGCAAAUGAUGAAUUAGCACCGCUGUACGAGGCUAGAGAUCGCGCUGUGCACGAGUUGGAAACGACACUUCGCGAGAUUGAGGAGACAAAGACAUACGUCAGGAAAAUGGAACGACAACUGGAGGAUGUCAGCAAGGAGAAGACGAUUCUUGAAGUCCAGGUCCAGGAGCAGGAGAGCAUGGUACAGAACAACGAGAUGCAGCUGCUGAACGCUGAGCGCGACUUGCAAGAGAUGCUGAUGGCUAAGGAUGCUACAGAUUCAGCUGAGAAUCUGGAGUCGGUCUCCAAGGAAAGGGGUAAUCUCUUGAGAGAUGUGAAUAGACUUCGUGAGGAAGUCUCAACAAACAAGACCACUAUUACUAAUGUAACCAAACGCAGGGAUGAACUUGAGAAAGAGAACUUCUCGCUGAGGGGACAGGCUAGUGAUGCUGAAAUGAAGAUCAAGGGAUUAGAGCAAGAUAAUGAUGACCUGAACAGAGAGCUUAUCAAGAAUCAGAAGAAGACAGCCGACCUCGAGGAGGCUGUAAACCGUCUUGUCACAGAGAAACAGAACCUUGCGGAGGAAGUAGACGAUACAAGACAUCGGCUUGACCAGCAGAAGGAAGCAAACAUGGCGAAUGAACGCGAGCUGAUGGAGAUUCGAUCUGCUAUUGAAGGUCUGGAGCGUGUUUUAGAAGACAAGGAUAGUCAGAUUGAGUGGUACAGAAACAGUAACAAAACUUUAGAGGAAGACAUCGCCGCCUUGAGGAAGAAGUUCGGCAACUUACGUGCUGAACAUGACGACUUGCAGCAUGCAAAUCACGGGCUUAUCUUACAGGGGCAGGAGCUAGAGUCGAAGGCAGCGGACCUGGAGCAUCGCCUGGAGACGGAAGCUAAUGAUAAAAAUAAGCUCCGGCAAGAGAAUAUCACUCUAGCGUCAUCGCUAAACGAGUACAAAGUAAAUUAUCUAACGUUAAAGAAGGAGAACGAUAGGCUCCAGAAUGAGAUCUCUGCAAUAAAUAGAAAGCUAGUGUAUCUGGAAACAAGGAAUGAAAACCUCGAGUCGGAGAAGGACCGUUUGAAGAAGGACUUCGCGAACAGCAAGAAGGAGAGCGCUGAGUUGAGAGCCAGACUAGAAGCAUUGCUUAACGAAAAAAGCAGGCUUCAAAACGAAGUUACUCUCGUAAAUAGGAAGUACACUGAGUAUCGCAGCUCAAUAGACGACAAGCGAGACAAGCGAAGGGUAGACCCUAAUUUGCAAAAAAAACUGAAGGAUCUUGAAGAAUCCUAUCAAAAAGCGCUGAAAGACAACGAAGAUGCGGAAAGGAAUUACUUAGAUUUGAACAGAAAGUACAACAAGCUUGUAAUGGAACACGGAAAUAUUAGUCGAGAUCUCGAGUCUUUGAAGCAUGAUAAUGACCUGAAGAACGAGCGCAUUAUCGACCUCGAGUCAUCACUUGCUGUGUACCAAGGUAAAGAUCUUGUUGACUCAGGCGAUUACAAGAACCUGCGCAAGAAAGUCGUGACCUUAGAGCAAGAGCUUCAGUCGGCAAAGAAUAAAAUCAAUCGCCUAGAGGCGUACAAGACAUCCUAUGAGGAAAAGCUGAGGAACCAGCAAGAGGAUCUCGUAGCGGCUCAACAAAAGGCGACACAGGCAGAGGUCGCCCUUCAGGAGACGACAGACCAAGUUAACACCCUAAAGAGAGAGCUCAUGGAGUUUAUGAAGAAGGUCUCUGACUUGGAAUCCGCUCUCCAGGCUGCGAACAACGGGAAAAAUGACAUGCGCAUUGCGUUGCAGGAUAGUCAGAACAAGCUGGGAAGUCUAGAGGAGGAGCUACAAAAUGAGAUGAAGCAGCAAGCCCAACUUAAGGGAGUCCUAGAACAGACCAAGCUCAGGAAUGACAACCUCAAGGAGGAGAUCCUCAAGUUACAAAAGAAGCUAGCCGAGCAGCAGAAGUAUUAUGAAGAUCAGAUAAGAGAUUUCCCUGAGUUAAAAGCGGUGAUUGAGAGACUGCGAGAGGAAAACGAGAACCUGGAAAACGACAAUGAAAUGAUGAAGAACGAAUUGAACUCCCUCCGUGACGAGCACGAGCGUGUAUCGCUGGAAUUCCGAGACAUGAAAUUCGACCAGCAGAAACUCGAGUUUCAAAACAAUGAACUGGAGGGCACGAUCCGGCUGCUUCGAGACGAGAAUGAAAAGCUGAAGGUCGAGCUUGCGAAUAUAAAGAAGGACUACAAAGAGUUGCAAGUCACCCAUGAGGAGACCAACUACGUUAUGGCCACAAACGUCCAGGAGAUCGAGGCUGCGCCCGAGUUACCCGACGACUACGAUGCAGUAAAACUGGAUAAUGAACGACUUCAAAGCGAGAAUAAUAAUCUAAUCGGCAAGCUCAAGAAUAACGAGAACACUAUUAAUAUUUUGCAAGAGGAGAAAAAUAAGUCACAGGAUAAGAUUUUGGACUUGCAGAAGGAGUUAUCAAGUAGGACGCAUGAGUUACAGAAGGUGUCAUCUGAGAAGGGUAAAUUGGAGGCUGCCUUUGAUAUACUACAGAAGAAAUACGACGAUCUCAUGGAAGAGCGUACUGAGCUGAUAGAAGAGAAGGAGACGUUGGUGAAGGAAUUGGACAUCAUGGAAAGCAAGCUGCACGAUCUUGUGUUGGAGACGCAGAAGUCGAAACAAGUAGAAGUGUCCUCUGAGCAGAUAUUCACCACUAUUCAAUCCGAUUAUAAGAAGCUCCAAGAGCGAGAGUCAGAGCUCGAAAUUGAACUUCUGUCCGCUCUGAAGAGAGUUUCACAGCUAGAGCACGAGUUGCAAGCGGAGAAGGAGAGAGCAGGUGGACACAGUGACUCGAACCUGGCGCUUGAAGACAGAAUGAAUACCCUCAAGCGAGAGAUCGUUACUUAUCAGGAGAAGAUCUCUAGACUUGAAGUCAACUACGAGAACAUCAAAGAGAGGAAUAAAGACUUAAAGGAUGAGAUCGCUGAACUGAUGAUUCAGGUUAAAGAGGCAAAAACGGCGGCGAAGUCUAAUGAACAAGAUAAAAAGGAUCUAGAGAACGAGAUAAUUUCCCUAAAGGGAAGAAUAAAGAAGUUGGAGAUCGCUUUAGAGGAAGAGCGUCGAUUAAAGGAGAAUUUGAAGUCGCAAGUGAAUGACUACAGAAAGAGAGGAGAUGAUCAGUCCAAAGACUUUGGAACAAGGAUGAAUGAGCUUUACGUGGAGAUCGAGAAUUACCGCACUGAUCUCGCGGAUAAAGACCGCAUCAUCCGAGAUCAGAAGUCAAGGCAAGUCGACAUGGACAACGAGAUAAAUAAACUAAAACGCGAUCUGAACAACCAGAUUAUUGACAGCGAAGGGCAUUUCAAGGAGCUGGUCAUCGCUAACAAGGAACGCUCAGAGAUGGAAAUGGCGAUCGGGAACCUUCGCGGGCAAGUGCGCAACCUGGAGAGGAUUAUGGAAGAAGUGAACAAGGAUAAAGAGGAGCUCUUGACACAGCUGGAAGAUGAGAAACGAAAGGGUGACGAUGAUAACAUGGAAUACGCCAAACAGAUGAAUGAUGCGAAGAAUCAAAUCGAGCGAGAUCGGAAAGUGAUCGCCGAGAACGAGGCUUACAUCCGAGAGCUAACCGAGAAAAUCACGACGAUCGAGACCGAGUUGACAAUCGUGCAGAAGGAGAUGGUGGAAAAGGAAGAGGAUCUUAGACAUCUUGGAAGAAGCCUUGACGAUACAAACCAAUUAAGGUCGGAUAUUGAAGUGGAAGUGUUAUCUUUACGAAGUAAGGUAAGCAGUCUUGAAGCUCAACUAGAAAAUGAGAAAAAGGAGAAAUCCAACCUUCAGAAGCAAGUGAUAGAACUAAGGUCGAGAGGAGACAAGGAGGUGGAUGACCACGUCAAGUUUAUAUCUGAAUUACAAGUCAAGCUGGAGAACGCGAAGAAAGAUAUUAUCAUAAGAGAUGAUGACAUUGAACACAUGAAGAACGAGUUAGAAAUUAUCAAGAAGGAUUAUUACACAAAGCAAAACGAGUGCGAAAAGGUAAAUAACAAGCUAAAUAGGAUCUCCAAGGAGAAGAAUGAGGUGACGGUUGAGGUGAUGGAGCUGAGAGAGAAAGUAAUCUUCCUGGAGAGUGAGGUCAGGAAGGAAAAGAUCACGAACGAGGAGCACCAGCAAAGGGUGGAGGAGAUGAGGCUGAAGGGAGAUACCGAUGCUGAUAUAAUGAGCCGAGAAAUCACCGAGAUCAACACCCGAGUCGAGAGCUUCAGGCGAGAGAUUAUUGAAAAAGAAACGAUAAUCGAGAAGCUACGUUUCCAGUCGAGCUCGUACGAGCAAGACCUCGAGAAGCUGAAGCGAGAACUGGCGAACAAGAACAGUGAGUGCGACGGGUACAUCACAGAGAUUGAGAGACUGAACCAAGAGCACUCUGAGGACCAAAUGGAAAUCGAAACUCUAAAGAAUAAGAUCAGCAAGCUUGAGCGACUCCUGGCAGACACGCGCCAUGAACACGAGGUCGCUGUGGUGCAGGCCGAAGACCUCAAGAGCAUGGGCGAGUCCGAGGCAAGUGUACUGAACGAACAGAUCACCGAGAUACAGACACGAGUAGAGGAGUUCCGCCUGGAAGUGAUAGAGAAAGAGACAAUCAUCGAGAGGCUGCGUCUACUGGUGUCUAAUAAUGACGCAGAACUGGACCGACUGAGACGUGACCUGGAGAGCAAGGAGGCGGAGUGCGAGGGAUACAUCAAGGAGAUUGAGAGGCUUAACCAGGAGAGAUACGACCUGGAAGCAGAAAUCUCGACAGUGCGGAACGAAUACAACAUCGUGAUCAAACAGAUGGAGGCGGUACGGUCAGACCGCGAACUUACUGAGGGAGAGACGCAGCAACUGACGGAACAGAUCACCCUGAUAGAGACGCGCAUCGAGCAGUACAAGCUCGAGAUCAUCGAGAAGGAAACCUUGAUCGAGAAACUCCGCAUUAUCAACAACACUAACGAGCAAGAGGUGGAGAAACUGAAACGCGAACUAGAUAACACAAUCCAGGAGUGCACUGGGUACAUUCGAGAGAUCCAGAAACUGAACAAUGAGAGGGCAGACUUGGACGUAGAACUAAACCACCGCAACACCAUCAUCAUCAAACUGGAAAAGCAGAUCGCUGAUUAUAAGGACAGUAGGGAUGGUCAGUUCAGGGGCGUCACCAUUCAGCUCGAAGCAGACAUCGAGAAUUACAAACGAGAACUCGAGAACAAGGAUCUGGAAUGCCAGGGUUAUAUCACGGAGAUCGAGCACUUAAAUCAGGAGAUCUUCAGGUUGAAAGGCAUGGUGUCGACGGAUACGAACCGCUAUCACACCGAGUAUGUACUAGGUCCGAGGGAGUCGCCCGUCUCGCACGAAUUGAUCAUCUCGGAACCAACCAAGAAGGUCUCUUCAGUUGAGAUGAGCCCCAAGCGCAUGGUCACCGUCCGCUCGCCUUUUGAGAAGAAUGGCGAGGACGUGUCUAGUUCCAGUACCUCAACCGUGACCACCAAACGAAUCACGCGCAUCCAGCGCAGCUCAAGCCCGCUGGUCAGGGUGCGCGUGGACCCUCAGGAUGCUUCAGAGGGGGAGGUUUUCACACGCGUCACCCGAACCCAGAAGUCGAGCAGCAGUUCGUCCGGAACCGGUGCAGUUAGUGUCGUUCGACUGGAAUCGGAUGUUGACCGCUCUAGUCCAUUUAAGGUUUCCGUCGAAUCAGAUCCGAACUACGAGUUCAAACCGGUUAGCGCUGGCGGCGAGAGCUCUACUUUCGUCACACGACUCAGCGGUUCGCCCCAAUUUGGUCUGCGCAAAUCAGCCUCGGAAACGGCGACGAAGGUAAUAAAAGUGCAGAAGACAUACAUGCGCUCAGAUUCGGGUUCAAGUAAUAAAGAAUAAGGACCAUUGAACUCUGUCAAACAAGGCUAGGUAUCUAUAGAUUUUCUAGGGCUACGUAUGUAUAGACUGUCUAUGGAUAGGUAUCUAUAGACUAUCUAGGGCUAGGUAUCUUUAGACUGAAAUGAACCGCUUCGAUUGGCAUAGUUGUCAAUGUUCUGAAAUAUUGUAAAACCAGGCUGGAAAGUGUUUUUGUAUUGUGUAGUUCCAGAAAAUACCCAUACCCCCCCCCCCCCCCCCCCAUGGAGGAGGUAUGACCCCCCACCCCUCUUGAAUUUCCAACCCAAUGGAAAUAAAUACAGUAACUGUUAAGGAAAAAGUGCAUUUUACCCCCCCCCCCCCCUCCCCGUUUGAGCCCCACCCCCCGGAAUUUCUAAUCCCCUCCAUGGGGGGAAUGGAUAUUUUCUGGUUUUCUGGAACUCCACAUUGUGUAUUUACAAGGUACUACAUUUGAUAGCAAUAAUUACACCGAGUACCGCCUGCAAGCAGGUUACUGUUGGAUCUCUCUAUUGAAUCAAAAGUGGCUGUAUUUGGUCAUUCGAGUAGAACGCCUGUCAUUGGGCGACAGAUAUCACUUGAUUUUGAUAGAUGGGAAACAUCGGGUUAAAUAUUUUCUUAUUUUGAAUUGAGAUAAAGUAUAUUUUCGUAAAAAUUUAGGUAAAUCAAGAUAAUUAGUAUUUAGUAGACAUAAGUUAGCCAUAUAAAGAUUUAUUAAAUUCAUGCAUUUUCAGACGUGAGUUCUCAUCAGCAUUUUAGGCGAUUUGUCCUAUCUCAUUUGUAAAAAAAUAAUAUUUGUUUUAGAAAAUAAUAGGUGUACAAAUCAAGUAGUAAUAAAACCAGUUAUCACUA